AUGAAUUUAACAUCAAAAGUAGGACUCCACCAGGGCUCUACUCUCAGUCCGUAUAUAUUCGACCUUAUAAUGGACGUUCUAAGCGAAGGGAUUCAAGAGGAGGCACCCUGGACAAUGUUAUUUGCAGAUGACAUUGUAUUGGUGUGUAAAACAAAAGAAUCAUUGAGAGAGAAACUUUCGCAAUGGAAGAGGGCUUUGGAGGACCGAGGCUUGAAGAUAAGCAGAACAAAGUCUGAGUACCUCUCAUUUAAUGAUUUUGAGGAGGAAAAUGGGGUGGAAAUGGAUGACGAGAUCAUUAAGAGGGUACCAGCUUUUAAAUAUCUAGGCUCACAUGUGACAGAGGACGGUGAACUGGAUAUAGAAGUAAAUCAACGCAUUCAGUCAGGGUGGCAGGCAUGGAGAAGGUUUUCAGGAGUACUCUGCGACAAGAAGAUCAGCGCAAGACUCAAAGGGAAGGUUUACAAAACAGCUGUGAGACCUGCUAUCCUUUAUGGGAGCGAGACAUGGCCAAUUAAGAGGGUGCAUGAAAAGAAGGUGAAUGUAGCAGAGAUGAGGAUGUUAAGGUGGAUGUGUGGUGUCACGAGGAAGGAUAAGAUCAGGAAUGACUACAUCAAAGGUACAGUCAAGGUCACAGAAGUGAGUGCAAAGAUGCAAGAAAGAAGGAUUAACUGGUAUGGGAAGCUAAAGCCCGGCAAGACAAGGCAGGAGCAGGACGCGAGGAACCAGCGCCGCCUUUUGGACGCCAGAGUGACACCUUCACUCGCCGGCGACGCUGCGCAGGGCGUGCGGGAGACACAGCCAACCCUUUGCAUCGGAAUCCAAACAACCAAAUGCCAAUUCAGAAUCAGUAGCACCACAACUCAACAACUCAACCGGUACCAAAUCCUCAAUUCUAACGACUCUGUUGCAACGACCACCAUUUGA